GUGCGGUCUGAGGCGGGUACGCGGCCCGGGCGCGGGCGACAUGGAGGAGCUGCUGAAACGGGAGUUGUGCUGCGGCUCCGUCAAGGCCACGGGUCACUCGGGGGGUGGGUGCAUUAGCCAGGGCCGGAGCUACGACACGGACAGAGGACGAGUGUUUGUGAAAGUGAACCCCAAGGCGGAGGCCAAAAGGAUGUUUGAAGGUGAGAUGGCAAGCUUAACUGCCAUCCUAAAGACAGGCACAGUGAAGGUGCCCAAACCCAUCAAGGUCCUCGAUGCCCCUGGAGGUGGCAGCAUGCUGGUGAUGGAGCAUUUGGACAUGCGGUAUCUGAGCAGUCAUGCUGCAAAGCUUGGAACCCAGCUGGCAGAUCUACACCUAGACAACAAGAGGCUUGGAGAGACUCUCCAGAAGGAGGCUGGCACAGUGGGGAAAGGAGGUGGGCAAGUGGAGCGGCCCUUUGUGGACCAGUUUGGCUUUGACGUGGUGACGUGCUGUGGGUACCUCCCCCAGGUGAACGACUGGCAGAGGGACUGGGUCAUGUUCUAUGCCCGGCAGCGCAUUCAGCCUCAGAUGGACCUGCUGGAACAGGGGUCUGGGGACAGGGAGGCCCGUGAGCUCUGGGCUGCUCUGCAGUUAAAGAUCCCUGACCUGUUCCAUGAUCUGGACAUCGUCCCAGCCCUGCUCCACGGAGACCUCUGGGGAGGAAACGUGGCGGAGGAUUCCUCUGGGCCCAUCAUUUUUGACCCAGCUUCCUUCUACGGCCACUCGGAGUAUGAGCUGGCAAUAGCUGGCAUGUUCGGGGGCUUCAGUGGCUCCUUUUACUCUGCCUACCACAGCAAAGUCCCCAAGGCCCCAGGCUUCGAGAAGCGCCUUAAGCUGUAUCAGCUCUUCCACUACUUGAACCACUGGAAUCACUUUGGAUCAGGGUACAGAGGGUCCUCCCUCAGCAUCAUGAGGAAUCUCAUCAAAUGAGAGCGGGAGGGAGGCCUGAG